GACAGGGGUUGCUCAAUCCCAUCAGGGCUAAAAGUGGGUGAAAUGGUCCAAAAAGAGGGAAAGGGCGGGAAGCAGGUUGGAGCGCGGCGCCGGCAGCUGAAGAGCCCCGUGACGUUCCUUCGAAGUUGCUUUGCACACUCGGGAGAAGCGUGUGCAGUCUCCGGGUAUGUCCUCCUUGGUGCUGGGGAAGUUCCCCUCACCAGGGAGCCCCAGACCCAAAUCAGCCUGUUCGGUUCCCUCCUUCCCGGUGGGGUCGCGUGCUGCUCACACACUCUCGCGUCUCUCGCUCUCUCCCAGAGAUGGAGGAAGACCUGGGCCGUGCUCUACCCGGCCAGUCCGCACGGCGUAGCGCGACUCGAGUUCUUUGACCACAAGGGCUCGAGUUCUGGAGGUGGCCGAGGGGGCUCGCGCCGUUUGGACUGCAAGGUGAUCCGUUUGGCUGAGUGUGUGAGCGUGUCCCCUGUGGUCGUCGAGAGUCCCCCAGAGCCCGGCGCCGCUGCUUUCCGCCUGGACACUGCGCAGCGCUCGCAUCUGUUGGCGGCGGACGCACCGUCCAGUGCAGCCUGGGUGCAGACGUUGUGCCGGAACGCUUUUCCGAAAGGCGGCUGGGCUCUGGCGCAGGCCGAGACCCCACCUAAGCUUUCUGCCCUGGAGAUGCUGGAGAACUCGCUGUACAGUCCCACCUGGGAAGGAUCCCAGUUCUGGGUAACUGUACAGAGGACUGAAGCGGCUGAGCGUUGUGGCCUGCAUGGCUCCUACAUGCUGAGAGUAGAGGCUGAGAUGCUGACUCUCCUGACCUUGGGGGCCCAGGGUCAGAUCCUGGAGCCACUCCUUUCCUGGCCCUACACUCUGUUGCGGCGCUAUGGCCGAGACAAGGUCAUGUUCUCUUUUGAGGCGGGUCGCCGAUGCCCCUCUGGCCCUGGAACCUUCACCUUCCAGACAACACAGGGAAAUGACAUCUUUCAGGCAGUUGAGACUGCUAUCCAACGGCAGAAGGCCCAGGGAAAGGCGGGACAGGGGCAUGAUGUUCUCAGAGCUGACUCCCAUGAAGGGGAGGUGGCAGAGGGAAAGUUGGCUUCCCAUCCUGGUCCCCAGGAGCUCCUGGGCAGCCCCCUAACCCUGUAUGCUGAGCCCUUAGACUCCUUACGCAUUCCUCCAGGCCCUUCCCAGGACUCCCUAUACUCAGACCCUGUGGACAGCACCCCUGCACAGGCAGGGGAGAGGGUACAGUCAAAGAAACCUUUCUAUUGGGACUUGUAUGAACAGGUGCAGCAGCAGUUGCUGAAGGCCAAGCUGACAGACCCCAAAGAAGACCCCAUCUAUGAUGAACCUGAGGGCUUGGCUGCAGCCCCUACCCGGGGUCUUUAUGAUCUGCCUCAGGAACCCAAAGAUGCUUGGUGGUGCCAGGCUCGGGUAAAAGAGGAGGGCUAUGAGCUCCCCUACAACCCGGCCACUGAUGACUAUGCUGUACCACCCCCCCGCAGCUCAAAGCCUCUCCCAGCUCCCAAACCUCUGGGCCUGGCCUUCCCCGAACCUAGUACUGCAACUGGCAGUGGCAGCAAAGGCCAGAGCUCAGAUACUGUCUUGUACAGCCAGGUCCAGAAGAGUGGGGCCUCAGGGGGCUGGGACUGUGGACUUUCUAGAGUAGGGACUGACAGGACUGGAGUCAAGUCAGAGGGCUCCACAUGAGAAAGCUGCUGAAAGGAGUUCCAAGGGGAGGUGGCACUGGGGAUCAAAGAAACCUGUUAGAACCAGCAGGAAUCAGGGUGGGAGGGGCCCAUGUGAAACCAGGGGACCAGAGAAGUCAAGGGAAGGAUGAUCUGUCCCAGGAAGUCCUAGGAAGUGAAUCAGAUGCAGGGCUGAGGGAUAGGCUCUAAGGAGGGCCAGCAUACCCCCAAGCUAAUCCUCGCUUAAAGGAAUGGACAGCUACUGGACCAGGUCUAUGGAAAGAGGUACUCAGUCACAGUGGAUACAGUUUGUGGGGACUGUAUGGAGGUUGCCUGGAUCCUUACUCCUGCAUUGUUUUUUGCCAGAUAAUGUAUUUUUAAUUUUUAAAAAAUUCUCAUUAAAG